AUCACAGUUCAUGAAAUGUUCAAAGCCUCAGUUGAAAAAUAUGGAAACAUCUACGCACUUGCCAGCAAGAGGAACGACAAGUGGGAAAAGAUUACUUUUCUAGAGUAUUAUAAUUUCUGCCGGAGAGCAGCCAAAAGCUUUAUAAAGCUUGGUUUAGAACGAUUCCAUGGAGUGGCAAUACUAGGAUUCAAUUCAGCAGAAUGGUUCUUCUCUGCAGUCGGUGCCAUCAUGGCAGGAGGGAUAAUGACUGGGAUUUAUGCCACAAACACACCAGAAGCUUGCCGAUAUGUGGCUAGUGACUCCAAAGCCAACAUUAUUGUGGUGGAAAACCAAAAGCAAUUGGAUAAGAUAUUGCAGAUACGUGACAGACUGCCCCAAUUGAAAGCCAUAGUGCAGUAUAGCGGACCAGUCCAGGAGAAGAUUUCCAAUCUCUACUCUUGGGAGGAGUUCAUGGAGCUGGGUCUGGAUGUUUCUGAGAAAGAACUGGAUGACAUCAUCAGCAGCCAGAAAGCAAACCAAUGCUGCGUACUGAUCUACACGUCUGGCACCACAGGCAAGCCGAAAGGUGUCAUGCUCAGUCAUGACAAUAUCACAUGGACUGCCAACCAUGCCAGCAGGGCAGGGGACAUGCAGCCGGCCGACACCAAACAGGAGUCACUCGUGAGCUACCUUCCUCUCAGUCACAUUGCUGCUCAGAUCUAUGAUCUCUGGACUGGCAUCCAUUGGGGUGAGCUGGUGUACUUUGCACAGCCAGAUGCCUUAAAGGGAAGCCUGAUAACAACACUGCGAGAAGUUUGUCCUACAUCCCACAUGGGUGUCCCACGGGUGUGGGAGAAGAUGAUGGAAAAGAUCAAACAGGCCAUUAGUGAGUGUGGUUAUGUGAAAAAGAAACUGGUGACCUGGGCGAUGUCAGUCAGCCUGGAGACCAAUCAAAAGUAUAUGCUGAAGGAUGAUGAGAAACCAUUUCUCUUCUCUCUGGCCAACAACCUUGUGCUGCAAAGGCUUCGGGCGGAGCUGGGCCUCGCUUGCUGUCAGAAGUUCUUCUCUGGGGCAGCUCCUAUCGGUAGUGAAACAGUGCAGUUUUUCCUGGGCCUGAACAUCCGCUUGUAUGAGGCUUAUGGCAUGAGUGAAAGCACAGGACCUCACUUCAUGUCAGGUCCCAAAGCUUAUAAACUACCAAGCUGUGGUAAGGUGGUGCCUGGCUGUCAAUACAAAAUGGCUGACGUCGACUCUGAGGGGACGGGUGAAAUUUGCUUUUGGGGACGUAACAUUUUCAUGGGUUUCCUCAAUAUGGAAGACAAGACAAGAGAAGCUAUGGAUGAAGAUGGAUGGGUGCAUUCUGGAGACCUGGGGAAGAUAGAUGAAGAGGGUUUCUUGUACAUCACUGGAAGAAUUAAAGAGUUGAUCAUCACAGCUGGGGGGGAGAAUGUUCCUCCUCUUCCUAUUGAGGAAGCAGUGAAGAAGGAACUACCCAUCAUCAGCAAUGCCAUGCUAAUAGGGGACAAGAGGAAGUUCUUGUCGAUGCUUUUGACCUUAAAGGUAAAGUACAAUACAGAGACCAUGGAGCCCACAGAGGAGCUGAGUCUGGAGGCUGUGGAAUACUGCCGGAACCUCGGCAGCCAAGCAACCAAGGUGUCUGACAUCAUUGAGGGGAAAGACAAAGACGUGUGCCGUGCAAUUCAGGAGGGAAUCGACAGAGUCAACUCUGCAGCCACUUCUAAUGCUCAACGCAUACAAAAGUGGACUAUCCUGAGAAAGGACUUUUCUGUUUCUGGAGGAGAGCUGGGUCCCACAAUGAAGCUUCGUCGCCCUGUUGUCUUGGAGAUGUACCACAAGGUCAUAGAGAGUCUCUAUCAAGAAUAGUGUCAUGCUU